AUGAAAGAUCUAGGACUGAGUGGAGCAAAUCCUGUAGGAACUCCACUAGAGAUGAACCAAAAACUGACCUCUGUGUACUAUGAUACUUGGUUGCACAAUCACAAUGUAAUUGCAGAUGAAAAACUAAAGGAUCCUAGUAUCUAUCAGGGACUAGUGGGAAGACUACUAUACCUUACCAUGACUAGACCAGACCUGGCAUUUGCAGUUCAAGUUCUCAGCCAAUUUAUGCAUUGUCCUAAAGAUCCUCACUUAGAAUAUGCUCUCAGAGUGGUGAAAUAUACCAUGGCAGAACCUGGCCUAGGAGUUCUAAUGCCUGCAGAGAGCAUAAGCAAGCUAACAGCCUAUUGUGACUUAGAUUGGGGAGCUUGUGUGGAGACAAAAAGGUCGGUUACAGGUUAUCUAGUGAAAUUUGGUGGUUCCCUUAUCUCUUGGAAGUCAAAUAAGCAAGAAAAUGUUUUUAGGAGCUCGGUUGAAGCUGAAUUUAGAAGCAUGGCAUCAUGCACUGCUGAGAUUACUUGGCUUGUGGGGAUGUUUAAAGAACUGGGAAUUCAUGUGGAUUUACCUGUUCAGCUGAUGUGUGAUAACAAACCUUCAAUAGAAAUUACAGCAAAUCCAAUUUCCCAUGAAAGAACUAAGCAUAUUGAUAUAAACUAUCACUUUGUAAGAGAGAGGAUCAUACAUGGCUUGAUUAAGACAGAGCAUGUAUCUACAAAGGAGAAACUGGCACACCUGCUUAUAAAAGGCUUGGGCAAAGCACAACAUGACUAUCUACUAAGAAAUCUUGGAGUGAAGAACCUAUUUCAACCAUCAGCUUAA